AUGGACAGUGCUGCUGCUGCUGACAGUACACGCUUCUCUCCUGUUUCACUGGAACUGGACCCCACAGCGGUGAAUAAUGGAUCAGACAUUGCCUGCAGCCCGCAGACGGACACAAAAGACCCAGCGCUGCAGAUCGACAGCCGGCCCUCUACCUGCGGCCCUAACCCUCCUCCUCACCCUCCAGCUAGCCGCCUGCUCUCCUCCAAGCACUUCCAGAGCCCCUACAUUACGAAGACUAGCAUGCAGGGGGAUGUCUACAACUUCCUAGAGAGACCCACUGGAUUGAGAUGCUUCCUCUACCACUUCUUGGUAUUCCUCAUGGUCCUAGUGUGCCUCAUCUUCAGUGUCCUGUCCACCAUAGAGCACUACGCCGAUUUCGCCAGCGGAACUCUCUUCUGGAUGGAGAUUGUCCUGGUGCUGUUCUUUGGGACAGAGUACGUGGUGCGGCUCUGGUCCGCCGGCUGCAGGAGCAAAUAUGUGGGGAUCAAGGGACGACUCCGCUUCAUCAGGAAACCCAUAUCUAUCAUUGAUCUGAUAGUGGUUAUUGCCUCAGCCAUAGUGCUGAGUGUAGGUUCCAAUGGCCAGGUGUUUGCCACAUCUGCUAUCAGGGGGAUUCGCUUCCUCCAGAUUCUACGCAUGCUGCACGUGGAUCGUCAAGGAGGAACAUGGAGGCUUCUGGGAUCUGUAGUCUUCCUCCAUCGACAGGAGCUGAUCACCACGCUGUACAUCGGCUUCCUGGGUCUGAUCUUCUCCUCCUACUUUGUGUACCUGGCGGAGAAGGAUGCUGUGGACGAGGAGGGCAAGACUGGCUUCUCCACCUAUGCUGAUGCCCUGUGGUGGGGCGUGGUGACGGUGACCACCAUUGGCUAUGGGGACAAGGUUCCUCAGACGUGGAUAGGGAAGGCCAUCGCCUCCUGCUUCAGCGUCUUCGCCAUCUCCUUCUUCGCUCUUCCUGCAGGUAUACUGGGCUCGGGCUUUGCUCUGAAGGUACAGCAGAAACAGAGACAGAAACAUUUCAACAGACAGAUCCCGGCUGCAGCCUCACUAAUCCAGGCGCUGUGGCGGUGCUAUGUAGCAGAGAAACCAGAAGGCUGUCCUGCCACCUGGAAAAUGUACGUCCUCACCGGAGACUACAUCCCUACCAUGAAUUCUGAAAACGACAGCCCAAACCUCAGAAACAAGAGCAAGCGCCCCAAGAGGAAACUGAAGAUGGUCCGUGACAACGGCUCCCUGACCAUCCCUGGAGAGAAGAGGAUGUAUAUUCCUCAGCUCACCUUCGACCACAUUGAGGAUGAAGACGAGAAGAAAGAGGUCCCCUUGUUUCUGGAAGAACAGCCAGUCAUCACCCGGAUGCUCAGACAAACAGGCGUUCAGCACUCAUGAUCCUCUUUCAAUCUGAGCUGUCCUGCCUCUCCAGUUAAGAAAAAACUGGACGGCUCUUCCAUGGACAUCUCCCGGACGAACAGGUUGUGUGAUGACAUGGCCUAUGUCAGCGAGGACAUCCCUUUAACCGUGGUGACAGACACAGCACAUCUGUUGACCAGCCCAUUCGUGGCAAAGACUCAGGAAAGCACCUCGAACAGGAAACUUCACCUUAACAGGUUGUCUCACGCCCACAAAGCAGCAGUCAAAGUACUCCGGAGAAUGAAGUACUUUGUGGCCAGACAGAAAUUUCAGCAAGCGAGGAAGCCGUACGACGUGAGGGACGUGAUGGAGCAGUACAACCAGGGACACCUCACCAUGAUGGUCCGCAUUAAGGAGCUACAGAGGAGACUAGACCACACAUUGGGGAAACCAGGAAUGUUUUUGCCAGAGAAAGGCGUAGAUAAGGAAUACCACACUGUGGGAGCCAGACUGAUCCGCCUGGAGGACAAGAUAUACCAGAUGGACCAUAAGAUGGAGGCAGUGCUGAAGAUCUUGGUGGACCAGUACAAGCCCAAGGCAGAGCUGCUCCUGAGGGCCCCAGCCCCCUACAGCUCCCGCAUCAGCAUCGUCAGACGCCAGAGCAUCGGCGUCAGCUUGGACGAGGGGCGGUGAUGUCACAGUGGACAGAGAGGUGCCAGUGAUGAAACCGCCAGGGGCAAGGACCAGGCAUGACAUAUUAGCUGCUUGGCCAAGAGGGCACAGACUCAAAUAAAGAAAAAGAGAGUACUCUUGUUACUUCAUUAGGAAGGUGGUGUAGUUUGGCUACUCAUACAUGUAGUACCCCAUGCUACACUUUGUCUCAUAAACCCCAAAAACCUUUAUGUCACUGUCUUUGACCUCUGACCUUAGAGAGAGAAUGUGAACAAGUCAACUCCUGCUUCUGUUCCCCUCUGGUGAAGAGGUGGGCUUGUCUGAAAGUUACGGGAGGUAGAGAACUGUGAGAGGUAACGUGGUAGCAGUAUACUGACAGCCACAGGCAUACAGGCAUGCCGUCCAUUCUCCGUCCCCCACAUCAUGGUGAACGGGGAUAUGGGGUUCUCCUCUUCUUCAGAAGUGUUUUCUCUCUAUCUCCCUUUGUAAUAGCAGCACGAUGAAAACCUGCUGCUGAAACUUCCACAGCAUAGAGUGUAGGGAAAGCACACAUAAUUCCCCUUUAGUUACAUAAGAUUAGCCUGCCACUUUCACUCCUCUGUAAAUAGUCACAUAAGCUAUGCUAAUGUAUUCAACUGUAUUCAUUCAGUGAGGCACAUCAGAGCACUGAUUGUUAUUAUCAUUUCCAAGCAAACCAACACAUUAAUGGCAUUAUUAGGAGCACUCAUUAAAGACCACAGCAGACCAGAAGUCUAACAGAGGAAUUCAUCAAAUCCUACUGAUUAUCUUGGCACCAUAAAAACCUAAAUACAGCACCACUAUUUCCAUAUGGCCACCAAUUCAUCUCAGCUUACUGUAUUUAGGCCUGGCGUAUGUUUGUAGGUAGUUAUCAAGUGACAUAGAGAAGGACCAGGAGAUGAUCUGUUGACUUUGCCCGGAGUGUGUGUCUGUUAGUGGCUGGGCCUGUGCUGCUGGAGCAGAGUAGAGGGGGGAAAAAGCUCUGCAGGAACUAAUCUGGCGCUGAUUUACGGCUACGGUUAAGCUAAUAAAAAUAGCAAAACAGCCGUGACAAGGCAGAGUGCAGUAUUACAGAAAUACAGUGAUAGAAAGAACAGUAUGGGAGUUAUGGUACGGCCUUUUGCAGUUGACUCAACACCCCGUGCCAAGAUUUUCACUCGGAUAUUCCUAUGAACCACUUCACCACCCACCCUUCUUCAUGCUAAAACAUUUUUAUUUUCCUUCUUUGGACUCCAACUGCUGUAUGCAAUUUGAAAUGAAUUUUCCCCAUUAGAGAGCUGAUUAUUUUUCAUUCUCUUUCUAAUUAAGUGCUGAAUUCCUGGUAAGGGGAGAUUGCUCUGUGUGUGAGUUGACUAAUGAAAAUAAAUACUGGAAAAAUGUGUACAAUUUAAACAGUAGGCUUACAUAAUUUAGUGUGAAGGCCCUGAAAUAUCAGGCUACCACAAAGAGAGAGAGAUGUACCAUGCUUUGAUUUCAAAGCACUUUAAAACAUUUGAAUAGAAAGAAUGCUUCUCUUUUUCUCUUUUAGUUUCUCACAUAUUUCUCGACGGCCGGGACCCAGCUGGGUAUAGCCAGUAAAAAAUAUUUUUUUAAAUAAUCAAGCUAUGAAUGCAAGCCCUUCCAUUAUUAUAGUAUGAGAGAGGGAGAGAGAGAGAGAGAGAGAGAGAGAGAGAGAGAGAGAGACAGAGAGAAAGACAGAGAGAGAGACAGAGAGAGAGACAGAGAGAGAGACAGAGAGAGAGACAGAGAGAGAGAGAGAGACGCUCCACUACUAGUAUAUAUUUUAUUAUUUUGCCGUGGUUGAAGAUUAGUUGUAUGUAUUUUCUAUUAACAGGUUGCUUUUUAAAGCAAGUUUCUUUGACAUAACUGCGCCACAUACAUCUGGCUGAUCUGUAUAGUUUUAUAAGAGUUGUGUAUAAUAACAUUGCCUCAUAUUUAUUAUCAUGUGGAACGAUCAACCUGGGAAGUCUCCUGGUCUGUUGAGAGAUGAUGAGCAACAAAGAGUGUUUUAAAACGGAUUGGAAUGACUGUAAAUUAUAUUCACAAAACCUCUGUAAAUCUGGUGUAAAUAAAAAUCUAUUUCAUUAUAUUUUCUGGGCUCUC